UGCCGGAAGCGGAAGCGGCGGGUCUCCAUGGCGGCGCCGGCAGCGGGCCCGGUGUUCUGGAGGCGGCUGCUGGGCCUGCUGCCUGGCCGGCCCGGGCUAGCCGCGCUCCUGGGCCGCCUCUCCGACCGUCUGGGCAGGAGCCGGGAGCGCCGGCGCCGGAGGUCACCAUGGCUGUUACUGGCUCCCUUGCUGUCCCCAACUGUUCCUCAGGUCACCUCCCCACCUUGCUGCCUAUGUCCGGAGGGUGUGCACAGGUUCCAGUGGAUCAGAAACCUGGUCCCCGAAUUUGGAGUCUCCAGCUCUCAUGUCAGGGUGCUAUCUUCCCCUGCAGAGUUCUUCGAGCUCAUGAAGGGGCAGAUAACAAUAGCCAAAAGGAGAGUUGUGAUGGCAUCCCUCUACUUGGGGACAGGACCUUUGGAACAGGAACUGGUGGAUUGUCUGGAAAGUUCUCUAGAAAAGUCACUCCAAGCGAAGUUUCCUUCCGAUCUCAAGGUCUCCAUUCUCCUGGACUUCACCAGGGGCUCAAGAGGUAGGAAGAACUCUCGCACUAUGCUGCUCCCACUCCUGCAGAGGUUUCCAGAGCACGUGCGUGUUUCCCUCUUCCACACACCAAACCUCCGAGGACUCCUCCGACUCCUCAUCCCUGAGCGCUUCAAUGAGACCAUCGGCCUCCAGCACAUCAAGGUGUACCUCUUUGACAACAACGUCAUCUUAAGUGGUGCAAACCUGAGUGACUCGUACUUCACCAACCGCCAGGACCGCUACGUGUUCUUGCAAGACUGCGCCGAGAUCGCAGACUUCUUCACAGAGCUGGUGGAUGCCGUGGGAGAUGUGUCCUUGCAGUUGCAGGGCGAUGACACAGUGGAGGUUGUGGAUGGGAUGGUGCACCCUUACAAAGGUGACCGGGCUGCAUACUGCAGAGCAGCUAACAAACGAGUCAUGGAUGUUAUCCACUCUGCCAGGACCCGACAGCAGAUGCUGCACGCACAGACCUUUCACAGCGAUUCUCUGCUGAGCCAGGAGGAGGCUGCGGCUGCUGGUGAUCGGAGACCAGCACCGGACACCUGGAUUUACCCGCUGAUCCAGAUGAAGCCGUUUGAGAUUCAGAUCGAUGAGAUAGUCACUGAGACCCUGCUGACGGAAGCUGAGCGGGGAGCUAAGGUCUUCCUCACCACUGGCUACUUCAACCUGACACAGGCCUACAUGGACCUGGUGCUAGGCACUCGAGCUGAGUAUCAGAUCCUUCUAGCCUCUCCAGAGGUGAAUGGCUUCUUUGGGGCUAAGGGCGUGGCAGGUGCCAUCCCGGCCGCCUAUGUGCACAUUGAGCGACAGUUCUACAGUGAAGUGUGUAGCCUGGGGCAGCAAGAUCGUGUCCAGCUCCAGGAAUACUGGCGCAGGGGCUGGACCUUCCAUGCUAAAGGCCUCUGGCUGUACCUGGCAGGGAGCAGCCUGCCCUGCCUCACGCUGAUUGGCUCUCCUAAUUUUGGGUACAGGUCAGUUCACCGGGACCUGGAGGCCCAGAUCGCCAUCGUGACGGAGAGCCGAUCCCUGCAGCAGCAGCUCCAUCAGGAGCAAGAGCAGCUCUACCUGCGGUCUGCUGUGGUAUCCUCUGCGACCUUUGAGCAGCCGGGUCGGCAGGUCAAGCUGUGGGUGAAGAUGGUGACCCCGCUGAUCAAGAACUUCUUCUGAGCACAGGGAUGGCCUUGAUGAAGAUGACGGGCAUGACUGGGGUCAGAUCCUUCAGCCUUGCUUCAGCAAUCACUCCGGUCUGGGUGUCCCAGCGAGCUCCUGUGGGGACAAUGGAGCUGAGGGUCUGGGUGCCCCAGGGGAGGCAGAACCCACUGUUUGGAUGCUGACCGUGAAAAAGGGAGGCACGGUAGGGAGAGAGGCCUGGCCUCCAACCUCCCCACUCUUUUCAGAGACAGGCCAGUGACUGGGAGCCAUGAAGAGUUCAGGCCAGGUGCCAAGGUCUGAGAGUGCCAAACAUGGAGGAGUGGGAAGCGAGGACUCCGAGGACUCCGCAUGCCGUAAUGGCUCUGAGGCUGCAUCUUUUCAGAGCUUCAUCUCAGCCUUCGCAAUGUCAGUGGCAGAGAAAACUGACCGCAGCUCAAAUUCCAGCAAUGUUCCUUCCUGAUCCUUCAUGUGUAAUGUCUACUCUCUGUGUAUAUAGGGAAUAAGUUAUAUAUAUAUGCACAUAUAAACACUAUCUGCCCUUAACCAGACUGCUGUUGUCUCUCAUCCUAGCCAGUGGUGUUCAUGUGUCUGUCCUGUGUGGCAUUGGAAUCACAAUAAACAUGGAGAAUGGUUGUCCUGUA